AAAUUGAAUAAACGUAAUAAAAAGAUUAAAAUAAAAUAAAUAAAAACAGUAGAGAGAGACUAGAGAGAGAGAGUAUCAAAGCAAGUACCUUUCUUCUUGCUCCGGCUACUUCAAAAUCAGUCGCUUUUCCAUCCCAUGCAAGUUUUGGAUUGAGAGGAAACCAUUUUUGUGGGCUCUAUUUGCUCUGGGUUUUCUUCAUUUCUGCACAUUUUCAUUUCUUCUCUCAGUUUCUCUUCAUAAGAAGCAUUUAAAAGUUCCUAUGAUAGGAGACAUGUAACGUUUUAUAGGUUGUUUCAUGCUUGUCUUGUGAACAAGUGAUUAUUGUAUGGGAAUAUGAAUGGGGUUUUGUUCAAGACCAAGCAAGGGACAUUCAAGGGUUUUUACAACGAACUUUUAUCGAUACGGCACACUGUUGAUCUGAAAGUUCUGAAGGCAAUUGGCUGCAUUGAUCCUUAUAAUUUGAAGAAACUAUUGGGGAGAUCUUGAUGCACUUCUAUUUUCUUAGAACAACAGUAUCAGGACCUUGAGGGUUGGGGGAGCAGUCAAAUUUUUAUCUUCAUGGUCUUGGUUUCAGUAUUUCAGGCACAUGAAAAGAUGUAUCAGGACCUUCCAAGAAUCAAUAAUGAUACUGUUGGAAUUUUGGAUGGAGGAAAUGAUCCCUUACAAAUGAAACUGAAAAAGCAGACUAAUGUCAAAAGUUCUUCAGAGGUUCAUGGAGUAUCAUCUCUCAUUUGGAGCAAUUCAGAUAACAGGUAUUCAGUGUUUUCAUUGUUUACUCUUGAAGCUAACGGGCAUCGAAGGAUUUUUGCACUACCACUCCAUUGUCCUGAACAAUCAAAUUGUUUUGGAUCUGGUUCACUGGUUAGCAUGGACUGUUUACAUUUGGUUUGUCCUCGGCCAAUUAAUUCAGUCCAGGCUGAUCAACAAGUGACGAAAGGAAGUGUCCAUGCUGGUACCUAUUCUGGAAACUCUCGUGCCCGUAAAACAAUUCUAGGUUCAACCAUGCAAUGUCAAUCUCAGAAAAAAGUUAUAUCAAACAAAACUAAAUGGAAUGAACUUCCGCAGAGAUUUUCUCAAAAAUCCUUAACAUGCACUGAAUCUUCUUGUUUGAUCUCAAAUAACUCAGUCAUUAAAUCAUCAAAUAUGGUGAGCUCUGAUGUAGAUACUGUCACUAAAAAAAAUUCAAGAAAGAAGUCUAGAAAGAAGGGGAAACGGGGUAAGAAACUUCUACGUAACACUGGCUCUAAAGAACCAGACAUAUUGCCUGAGGAAUGUCCUAAAGUUAGUUUGACUUCUGGAACUUGCCAUGACAAUAAUAUGCCAGCAUUGUCUUCCACUUCACUUGAUGCUUCCCUACAGGAAGGUAGGGUGAAAACUUGCACCUCUUACCCUAAUGGGGUGGAUACAUUGGAAGAGGCUAUACCUGCUUUUCAUAAAAAUUCUGAGACAUGCUCUGGUGGUGGCUUUAAGAAACAGAUACAAUCAUCCAAAGAUUCUGUACUUUCUGUUGAUGAUGUCUCCCAGAUCUGCUCUUACAAUGCUUUGCAUCCCAGAUACUGUGCUGAUAAGUCUGACUCACUUCUGAUGGAUCCAGCUUCAACUUCCUCAAACAGUGAUGAUGGGACGAAACUUUAUCAUGGUCGAAAACAGCCUGAAAAAGAACAUUGCAGAACUGAUUUUUCUGAAUCACCAGCUUCUGAUUUUCAAAAGGAAUAUUCCUCUUGUAGAAAUUUGUUAAAGAAUAUCUUAGAUUCAUCUAAUCAUACCAACAAAAGUCAAACAACACAUGGUAGUCAGGAUAGAAAUGGUAGUCAAGUGCAUGUAGUAAUACCUGGCAAGAAGAAGAAGCAAAAUAAAUCAGCUCCCCGGAUUUCAAGUGUUUCCAAAUUUGGAGUUGCUGGUAAGUUGCGUGGUGGUCGUACAGGGAAGGAAAACAGCCAUUCUGUUUGGCAGAAGGUCCAAAGAAAUGGUAAUGGCGAUAGUGUGGAUGACUUGAAGAAGCUUCCUGUCUUCUCUCAGUAUGAUGGUACUUUGGAGGCUUCUCUGUGUAAGAAAAAUUGUGAUUCUCCCGAAGACAACAAGCAGUUGAAAGAUACUAGAAGUUGGAGAAGUAAAACUUCUGCAGGUUUAAAUCAUGAACGGAUGUCUUCUUCUAGAAAGGGAUCUCAUGCUGAUAGGGCCAAGCCAGAUAGAUGUGCAAAGGUUACUGUGCCACGCAAGGAGAAGGAGAUGGCGUGCAUCUCCUCUAACGUGAGUGAUCAGAAGAUAACUAGUAGUGUUUCAAGAUCUCCAACUCAAACUAGCUGUCCAAAAUCUGUGCUCCAGCCUAAUGGAGCAAAGCACAUAACACCUGAAUCGGUAACCUUUGUCCAAGCUUGUCCGAAUGUGGUUGGUGGCCUGGAUAACAUGUCUAAUGCCAAUUCUUGCACGAAGAGUAAAACCAUUGAAGAUCUGAAUCACUCGUUGCCAAAGUCACGCAACUCGAAUGAUCAAUCAAAACUGGUCCAAGUGCAGUCUUCUUUCGGAAAUUCAGCUGAACAAGGGCAGAGAAAUGUCCUUGCUGAUGAUUGUUUGCAAACCCACACCUCUGGAUCUGUUAUGCAGAAAUGGUUACCAAUUGGGUUGAAGGAUUGUGGAUUGACUACUUCUGGUGAUGGUUCAUCUCUGGAACAUUCUGAUGAUCCAGCUGCUGAAAUUCAGACUACAGAAAACACUGUACAAGAUAAAGUGAAUUGUGAUUCUGAAAAUCCAGUUCCUAAAGCAGGUGUUGUGUGUAUGGCUCAAAGUUCUGAGGGUUUUUCUGAUUUCUCCCCUGAUGAUGAGUGCAGGACUCCAAAUGCAAAGGAUCAGGACACAAGCAUGCUUGAAGAGAAGAAAGACAGACCGAUUGCAGCACACACUUUAGAUAUGGAAUCUGGAGGUUUAAAUGCAUUCAAGCCUGUUCAAGACAAAGUAGCAGAAGCCGUGGAUGAUGCCUAUAGGGCUCAAAAGGCAUCUGAAGCUGUUGAGCUGACCGCUGGUCAUCCAGUUGCAGAGUUUGAAAGAGUUCUUAAAUAUUCAUGUCCAGUUAUUUCUUGUCCACCCCAUUUAUCAUGUCACUCUUGUUCAAGAGAUCAGUUAUGUGGUGUGUCAUUCUGUCUACAUGAGAUGCGUAAUAUUUCUUUGGGAGGCCUAUGGAAGUGGUAUGAGAAACAUGGGAAUUAUGGGUUAGAAAUAAAGGCAAAUGAUUAUGGAAAUUCAAGGAGUUUGGGGGCUAAUGGUUCUUUUUGUGCUUAUUUUGUCCCUUAUUUGUCAGCGGUCCAACUUUUCAGAAACGAUGUUGAAAACUUAGAUACAAGCAGCACAAAAUCUUGUUCUGAGGUUGUAGACCUGUGCAAAUUUAAUGAUACAUCUGAAGGCUCCUCUAAUUUGGACCAUCUUCCAAUAUUUUCAGUACUCUUUCCUCAACCUCGAAAGGAGUUUGAAAGCUUUUCUCAUCAAGAAUCUAGUUCAGAAUCAUCUUCAGCUUCUGCAAAAGAUGUUUUUCGUCUUCAAUUAGAGGAAAGAAAACUGCAGAGUGAUCCGGAACUACUUUUUGAAUAUUUUGAAUCUGAACAGCCUCAGAAGAGACAACCUUUGUAUGAGAAGAUAAAUGAGUUGAUUAGGGGUGAUGGUCUGGUGCAGUACCAAGGCUAUGGAGAUCCAACAACUCUCAAAUCUGUUAAACUGAAUGACCUGCAUCCUAGAUCUUGGUAUGCUGUAGCGUGGUAUCCUAUUUAUCGGAUACCGGAAGGUAAUUUGCGCGCAUCAUUUUUGACAUUCCAUUCGCUGGGUCACUUGGUUCAUCGACCUGGUGUGCAACCCCAUAUAGUAGCUCCUGUAGUGGGUCUUCAAACUUACAAUGCUCAGAGUGAAUGCUGGUUCCGCAUGAAUCCCUCACUACUGAACCCAAAAGAAGGAGCACCAGACCUAGACCCUAGUGGAAUUCUUAAGGAGCGGUUAAGGACGCUAGAGGAGACAGCUUCUCUUAUGGCAAGAGCAGUUGUGAAGAAAGAUAAUUUGACGUCAGUAAACAGGCAUCCAGAUUACGAGUUCUUCUGCUCAAGGAAUCGCUGUUGAACGUUUUCGGUCCAUCAGCAAUGUUCAUGGUAGCACUUAACCACUUAAGUUAGAUGAGAAAUAGUGGUGAAUGUAAGUCUCAUUUUCCUUUUGUACAUUUCAAUCUCUCUUGCUUUCCCAGUGGAAUUUAAUUCCAUGCUUGUAUAGAUCCAUCUGCGAGUAGCGAGCCUUCUCUUUCUUUCCUUGGAAGUAAAAUAAACUUUUCGGAGAAAAAUUUAGUGGCCCCUUCCCCUUGAUGUAAAUAUGUGCAAUCUGGGGUUAGUAGUUAAUGGGUUCUAGCUUAGAAGCUUUGAACUUUGUUGGAUAUCUAAUGCACCUGCAUAUACAAUGCUAGUUUUUUGUUCAUCCUUA